AUGGCCCGCACUAAGCAGACCGCCCGCAAGUCCACUGGUGGCAAAGCCCCCCGCAAGCAGCUCGCAUCCAAGGCAGCUCGCAAGUCCGCACCCUCAACCGGUGGUGUCAAGAAGCCUCACCGCUACAAGCCCGGAACCGUCGCUCUCCGUGAGAUCCGUCGCUACCAGAAGUCGACUGAGCUCCUCAUCCGCAAGCUCCCCUUCCAGCGUCUUGUCCGUGAGAUCGCUCAGGACUUCAAGUCGGAUCUCCGCUUCCAGUCCUCUGCCAUCGGCGCCCUCCAGGAGUCCGUCGAGGCCUACCUCGUCUCGCUCUUCGAGGACACCAACCUCUGCGCCAUCCACGCCAAGCGUGUCACCAUCCAGAGCAAGGACAUCCAGCUCGCCCGCCGCCUCCGUGGUGAGCGCGGUUAA